AUGAAGCUCACUCUAAAGCCAGAAUGGCGCCUGUGGCCGUUGUCUUCUUUCCUUGGUGUUCUCGAUCUCAAGACCGGUGUAACUAUCGCGUUAUUGUUUGCAGUCUUCAAUAAAGUGGCUGGUGUAUAUGGUCUCAUUGCUCUUGCUACUGGUGCGGGUGGCUCCUUUUCCCAGUUCAGUCUGUAUCUGUACUCCCUCUUCGCCCUCUUCGCCCUAUUCUAUGGUUUAAAGGCCGUCGGGCAGGAGGAUCCAAAGAACACGCUAUACUUUGCACAUUUCUUCUUCGCAGACCAUGUUUUCUCCACUGCCUGGACAGUCUUUUUCGCUGUCGUGUGGUGGUUCCAGACACCUCAUGACGGACGUCGAAUGGCCAACUCGCCAGCACAGCUGCAGAUCAUCAAUGCCUCACCUGGAUACCACAACAUGACUGAUGCACAGCGUGAGUUGGCUGCAGAACAAGUUUGGAAUCAUGAAAAAGGCACAGCACUGGCCGUCAUCAUCUUGUCAUGGCUUUCCAAAAUAUACCUUGCCCUUCUUAUCUAUUCGUAUGCAACGCAUCUGCGAAAAGGAUCAUACCGGGCCCUUUCGCGAACGCGAGUACCUACUGCAGCAUCUCCCAACUAUGACGCUGGGUUGGGAUACCCAGACGAUGAGGAGGAAGAGACUGAAGACUUCUAUCGUCUUCCCCUCCGAACCCCAAACACAGGCAACUCCAUCUCGAGCUUCGCAGACUUUAUAAAUGCGCCUGCAGGACGUGCCCGCCCGCAAGCUCCUUCCAUGAGCAAAUUGAACGGAUCUGUUAAUGCUGAAGAGGAGGAAGAGGUCCUAUUCGACGAGGAUGAAAUUUCCCGUGGAUCGAGUUCGCGAGGUCAUUCAAAAAUGGGUACCGAUGAGAGCAGCGCAGAGGAAGAACGCCACGGCUUCGGACGUACACGAUAG